AUGUCAGAAAAGAAACGCGACGUUGUGCUUCCCCAUGCACUCAAAACGCCAGCGACUCUGAAGCUCAUCGGAAAGCGUGUCGUUCUCGCAUCAGCCAGUCCCCGGAGACAGCAGAUCCUGGAGAACCUGGGCUUAGCCCCAGAAGUCAUUCCGUCCACCUUCGAGGAGAACCUUUCUCUAAGUUCAUUCGAGGAUAUCCAUGAGUACCCUGUAGCGACCGCUACGCACAAAGCAGUCGAGGUGUACCAGAGACUAGUGGAAGAGGACCCGGAUAAUGCUCCUGACCUUGUCAUCGGUGCCGACACUGUCGUGUUCACGCACGCCAUGCCAUCUACCACGCUCGAGAUGGAACUAGGCGUACGGCAGGAGCUCCUUGAGAAGCCCUCCUCAAAACAGGACAAUCUCCGGAUGUUGUUAGACCUGAACGGUGGUGUCUGCGAAGUCGUCACCGGUGUCUCUCUGGUUUACCCUAUCCUGAAUGCUCCUGGAUAUGAAAUUAGUUCCCUCGACGAACGGACGCUAGUCUAUUUCGCCGACAAGCCCAUGGCGUUCCUGCAAGCAUACGCAGACAGUGCAGAGGGUAUAGACCGAGCAGGGGGUUUUGCUGUGCAGGGCCUCGGGAACCUACUCAUCCGAAAGAUCGAUGGCGACUUCCAAAACGUUGUUGGCUUCCCCGCCGCAUCGUUUUUCCAGCAGCUUGAGAUACUCGUGGAGGACGACGAGGACUUUCUAUCAAUCUAAAUGUCACGAUGUCGUGCUUGUAUAUACGACUGUACGCUAGAGCAACAUGGACGUUAGUACGUACAAUCGCGAGACGUGAUAAGGAUGGUCAAUCAAGCCAAACUGAGGUUACAUUUCUACGCAACUCUUCCUACUCAUUGAAGUCCAACCUAUUUACUGUCCAGUCAUCUC